GGAGGGCUCAGUGUGUGUGUGUUUACGUGAACGCAGUGUUUAUAGCUCUCACACACAUAUGAAUGGAUGUUGACAGGACAUUCUGCUGAAGAUCAUUCUCCUGUGCAGUUCAACAGGUUUUGAGGAAAAGGUGAAAUCAGCUCUCAGGUGAAAUCAGCUGUUCAUGAAGAUGGUGCAGUCUAUCUCCAGAAUCCAUGUGAGGAAGUGGAAGCUGGAGACAGUGGCUUUAUUCAUUACUUGCACGUUGUGCUUGAUCAUCCUGGUGAGAACAUAUGUCCAGGACAAGAACCAAGAGGUCCAGGACAAGAGCCAGGAGGAGCCUGCGCUAUCAGGAUAUGAACGGAAUCUGGAAAUCAACGCUGGGACGCCUCAAGCUUUCCCAAGUUUACCACCCAAAUGUGAACAGAACUCAUCUGCUUCCAACAUCAGUGAAUUUUCCUCCUUGCCUCAACACAUUCAAGACUUCCUGUAUUACAGACAUUGUCGGCAUUUCCCGAUGUUGCUCAACAUUCCUGACAAGUGUGGUGGCCCUGAGCGAUCUUCAGACGUGUUUCUUUUGUUGGUUAUCAAGAGUUCUCCACCCAAUUACGAGAGACGGGAGGUCUUACGGAAAACAUGGGCUGCUGAGAGGCUGCAGAACGGCGUUUGGAUUCGUACCGUGUUUAUAUCCGGGACUGUUGGACAGAGCUUUGAGAAGCAGAGGCUGAACAAACUCCUGGAAGUGGAGAACCGUGAACACAAGGACAUUCUGCAGUGGGACUUUCAUGAUUCCUUCUUCAACCUCACACUCAAGCAGAUCCUUUUUUUGGAAUGGAUGGAGAAAUUUUGCCCCAAUGCUCACUUCCUGCUCAAUGGGGAUGAUGAUAUUUUCGCCAACACGGAUAACAUGGCGGUGUAUCUCCAAGGGUUCGGUGAUGAUGGUGCCAAUAAACACUUAUUUGUUGGCCACCUAAUCCAGUAUGUUGGACCUAUCAGGAAUGCGGCCAGCAAAUAUUAUGUCCCGGUCCAAGUGCAGGAAUCUGAUAGAUAUCCUCCCUAUUGUGGCGGAGGAGGCUUCCUGCUUUCACGUUUUACUGCCAAGACCAUCUACAAUAUGUCUCACUCCAUCACUAUUUUGCCCAUAGAUGAUGUUUACAUGGGAAUGUGUCUGGAGAAAGCUGGGCUGAAACCCUCAUCCCACAUGGGCGUUCGGACAGCCGGCCUACACAUUCCCUCCAAAAGGCUGGACCCUUAUGACCCUUGCUAUUACCGUGAAAUUAUCCUAGUCCACAGAUUCCUGCCUCAUCAAAUUUACAUCAUGUGGCAUGAAGUCCACCAGCAAGAUCUGAAAUGUGGAAAGACACUUACUGCUCAUUAAAGCAUGACCCUUGAAAGCUUUUGCAUGAAUGUAUUUAACAGACACUUUUAUCCACAGCAAUUUGCAUUAUAGGAUUUGCAUGUGUACAUACCUGGGCUGCAUGAUACAGACACAACAUGUUUGAUAAACACCUGUCCUCAGACUGGCUGGUUACUGUGCAAAAAAAUAUUGAUAUAAUAGCUACUUCAGAACUUGUAGCACAUUUUUGUGCCUGGUAGGGCUGGCAGCAUUUCCCAAACAACGUUUCUUUUUUAUAAAGGCUACAAAAACAAAUACUGAUAAAUAUAUAUGUAGUUCCUUAUGAUGAUGUAUGUUUUAACAGCAGUUAUUACUGUUUUUUUCAUACACAACACUCAGAGUGAGAACAGUCACAGUUGAAGCAUUUUUACAGGUGAGUAUGCAGCUGUAGUAUGUACAGUACAUGUGCUUCCUGAAAACCAUGAUUAACCCCUUACAUUCUUAGCAGUAAAGGUUCCUAACAGCCACCUGGAAAACUAAAGCUUAUUGUAUUGUAUCGUUCAAGAUGAAGCUCUUGAUUUGAUAAUGCAGGGCACAGAAUAAUACAUUCAUCAAAUAAAUUGUUCAUCAUUGGACUGUGCAAGUUAUGUAAAAUGCAGGGAUUGUGUUGAGAUUCUUUUUCCAUGAGUGUGGGAACAAUACUGUAGAAUGUAUGCAAUAUUGCCUAAUGUUUUCAUAAAUGAUGUAUCAUAAAACAAUGGGCAAUACUUUGCAAAGGACCGGUGGAAACAGUCUUUAUAGGAGUCUGUGAAUGAGGAACUGGUGAAACUGAAUUCCGGUGAGGCUGAUGUCUGAAACAGUUUGUGACAGUCACAUAGUCUGAACUACAGAACCAGAGACACCCUUCUCAAAGUUUGCUCCAACUGAAAUUGUUGCAAGAGGUUUGAUAGCUUGUAAUGCAUUAUAGAGGCAAGAUAUGAUUUUAUCUUUGCCAGCAUAAUCUUUGAGACAACUGGAGGAUUAGCCAAACCCUACACCUGGUGAAGAUAUUUACAAA